AUGAACACUUGGGUUGGUUUAGGUCUGUUGAUUCUCGGAUCAUCUGUCCUGCUAGUCAACUCGACACCAUUAGAUGAUUACGUUAAUAAACCCGAUCCUAAUUAUAACUGGACCAAACUAGAAUGGACAUUUAAAACGGCCGGAGCAACGCUAUAUUUAUUGAAUUAUACGUCACAGCAAUGGCUGACAGAAAAGGAAUCCAAUCGUCCAAUAUGGUUUCAUUAUAUGGUAGUGGCUGUACCAGAUAAAUUAAUUCAUCCGGAACAUGGUCUUAUGUACAUGUCAUAUGGUAGUAAUGGACCAUCUUUUACCCCUGACGUAGCGGAUGAAUUUUCUACAUUUAUUGCCCUAAUGGCUGCCAGUACGGGCACAGUCUGCGCUAAUCUACACCAAAUACCCAAUCAACCAAUCAUCUUCAAGAAUGAUCCAAGUCAGAAGAGUCGAAGUGAAGAUUCUAUUAUUGCAUGGACGUGGAGAACAUUUGUAUUAGAACAAUCAAACAGACCAGAAUGGUUACUAAGAUUGCCCAUGACCAAGGCAGCCGUACGAGGAAUGGACACCAUAGCAGCCUUUACCAAAACUAUUUAUCCACAAUCCAACAUCAACAAGUUUCUAGUAUGUGGUGAGUCUAAGAGAGGCUGGACAACAUGGACUACAGCUGCUGUUGAUAAAAGAGUUAUAGCUAUUGCACCCAUGGUUAUGGAUCUUCUUAAUCUCAGAAAGAAUCUACAUCAUCACUAUCGAUCAUUGGGCGGAUGGACAUUUGCCUUUAGUGAUUAUUAUUCCUUGAAUUUCACGGCCGAAUUGGAUAAUCCACAGACACAGGCCAUGGCGGAUAUCAUAGACCCUUACUCCUACAGAGAUCGUCUGACCAUGCCUAAAUAUAUCAUUACAACUGGUGGUGACGAAUUUUUUAUACCGGAUGAUUCUUAUUAUUACUGGGGUACAUUACCAGGUGAAUCAUAUCUAAGAGUUCUACCCAAUGCUGAACAUAGUUUGACAACUCACCGUAUUCAACUAUUUUUUGGUGUCAGGGCGUUUUACCUCAGCGCCAUCAUGCAAAAGCCUAUGCCCAAGUUCACAUGGGAAAGACAAUUUACAGAUACUGGUGGAAAGAUAAUUCUUAAAACAGAUCAGAAACCUAAAACUAUACAAACAUAUUACGCCCGAACAUUAGAUGGUCUCAGGAGAGAUUUUCGAUUAGCAGCAGUUAAACCAGGCGAUCCCAGCAGUUAUAUACCACAACCUGUCAUCUGGUUAAAGUCGGGAGUACAAAAUACAGCUGACGGUGUGUAUGAAGCCAGUUUUAACAAUCCACCAAAAGGUUGGCUCGGAUUCUUUAUUCAGGUAACCUUCCCGGGAGUUGAUCCAGAGAGUGACUUCAUGUUUACAACUCAGACUCAGAUUAUACCAAACACUUUCCCUUUCCCUGAUUGUCAAGGUGCUGAAUGUCUUGGUACCCUAGUUUAACACUCCCCACCCCCGAUCCCUUGCCUAGUUGUCAAGGUACAGAAUGUCUUGGUGCCCUAGUUUAACACGCCCUCUCAACCCUUAUACCCCCCGGUCCUUUUCCCUCCCACGUUCAUCUCCCACCCCACUCCCAUUGCCCCUUAUUGUCUCAAUUGAUUUGGUACAUCGUUAAGUGUAUUGCUAAGCUACCACUUGGUCUACAGCCUCUAUUGUCAAGCCCCUUGGUAUCCCAGUAUAAAUAUUACACCAUCCAUAAAGACCAUGAUG